GCAUGGCAUAGACGAGCCAUGCUGGCUGCUCGCCCUCGACUUGCCUCAGCACUGAGCAUAUCAGUUCAGCAGAUUAAGUCAGAGGUUCUUGCUGCCUGCCUACCAGGCGCUAUCACUGCAGACGUCGGGUCGAGUUCUGGCAGCUGGGCCCCUGUUGAACAGCAGGUGAAAGUCUCAAGCGCUUGGCCGAAACAUCCUUUAGAGGCAGAGGAGCGCCUGGCGCUGGCUGAAGCUUUUGCGACUCUUUCAGGCUCAGAACGUGGCAAUGCCCUUUGCUCACUGUUUCGACGUCUCUUGCAGGACGAGCAGCUCUUUGGAGUGCGAAGCGAUGGCACAGCUCGUUGUGGUCUUGUCCUGGGCAAUGGCGAGGCAGCAGCCUCUGAAGUUGUGGCUGCCGUGCUUCGUGGGUAUGCUGUGACCCAGGCGUUGAGGCAGCCGGAGCAAGUGGAUGGCUUCCCACCAGAAUUGCUGCAAUUCAUUGAGGCUGGACCUAUCUCGCAACUGCCAGACGUCCAGCUGUUGCGAUUGGUGGGGCGGUUGCCUUCACUUUGGGCGGAAGUCCAGAAGUUGCCUGGGGACUUUGGUGGAUGGGUUGUGGAGGGAAGAGAAAUGCCCCAUGGUAUGGCCGGUUUGGAUGCAAUGGCACUCGCGCGGACGAACUUGGAGGCGCUCUCCAAGUUGCCACGAUCCAAUCAUCAUUUCACACAGGAGGCUCAUGACUUGUCAGCAUUGCUUUCCACGUCAACGCCUCCAAGCGUAGAUGUCCCAUCGCUUCCAGGUCUUCCGCCACCCCGUUGGGCGCGCAGUGCUUACGAUCGUGGAAUUGAAGAAAUUCACGAUUUCCUCGAUUUCCUCUGGGGAUUCAGUGAGACCCAGUCGUCGGUGAGUCUUGGUGGCGCCUCCAAGCAUUUUCUGCUCACAAGUAUGGAGAUGCCAGAGGAUGUAGUGAAAGCUGCCAUCAUCACCACCCUCAGUCCUUUUCGUGAGCCCGUUUGGCUUCACGUGGUAGGCUUGGGGCCAGAUGCGCUGCGCAGAGAUCCGCAGCGUGGCUUCGCGCGGCUGGUGGAGUCGGGCAAAGAGAACCUGGAGUGGCAGCUGCUUGAGCAUGAGUCCGCAGAAUCCUUCCUGGCCUGGUUGCGUAAGAGCAAACAUCCUUUGGGCCCACCAAUGCUUUUUGGCACGCUCUGGGGCUAUGAAGAGGAGCUGCGGCGCACUGUGGCACAUGCUGGGGGCGCUAAUUGGCCACAGCUUUUUGCGGCGGAGCCUUGGGAACAGCUUCGACGCUGGGCGCGGCCUGUCUUUGAAGGGAGCAUGCGCCGCAGCGACCUAGUGCAGCGCUUGGAAGGCCUGACAUAUCCACCGAGCGAGUGAC